AAUACCGAAUACCAACUAUAAUUUUUCAUAAACGUCAAAAAACUAGACUGUCUUGUGAAAAUUUUCUCAUAAAAUUUUAUUUAAAUAGUUUAAUUACUAAUUUAUUAUGUCCGACAACAAAGAUGCGACUAAAAAGGAGGUCGAUCCCGAAUUGGACGAUUUACUCGACAGUGCUCUCCAAGACAUGACGAAGAAGCCAGCUGCAGCCGGAGAGGCUCAGGAGCCGGUGUGGAGUGAGGAGUUUAUUAAAGAGGCCGCGGCGCAGUUUGAAAGCAAUAUGGCUGCAUUACUGGGAAGCUUCAGUGGAGUGCCUGGUGAACAGCAAGAAAUCAGCCAGGAGCAGAUAGCGCAGACAUUCUCUAAAAUGGCUGAGGCGGCGGCCGCGGCGCUGCAGCCGGUGGGCGCGGGGGGCGCGGGGGGCGCGGAGGGCGGGGCGGCGCCGGCGCCGGACCCCGCCAAGAUAGACGAGGUGUCAGCAGCCAUCUCCCAGACCCUACAGAACCUGAGCUCAAACUCUGAGGGUCUACAAACGCCUUUCAGCGACCAGGACCUCGCCAAUAUGUUCGGCAACUUCAACCUUGGAGAGAACCAGGAAGGUAACAUGUUCCUCCCCUUCAUGCAAGGGAUGAUGCAGUCGCUCCUAUCUAAGGAGGUCCUCUACCCCUCCUUGAAGGAGUUGGUGGACAAGUACCCCGCCUGGCUCGAGGAGAACAAGGGGAAAGUGCCUCAGGAUGACUACGACAGGUACUGUCGGCAGCAGGAGCUGAUGCAGCAGGUCUGCGCUGAGCUGGAACCGGAGCAGGAGACGGACCCUGAAGACGUCAAGAGGAAACGGUUCGAAGUGGUCCUGGAGCUGAUGCAAAAGAUGCAAGACUUAGGCCAGCCGCCCACCGAGCUGGUGGGCGAGCUGGGCGCGCCGCCGCCCGGCCUGGCCGCGCCCGACAACGCGCAGUGCAGGCUCAUGUAGUGACGUGACGUGACGUGACAUGACAUGACAUAUGAUGACAGGUCGAUGACGACACGCGGUAUACUGACAACUUUCACAUUUAUGGCAUAAAAGACUAAGGCAAACGUAAGCUAUGGGUAUCCACCAGAAAUGUGUUUAAUAACCUAUAGAAUCUUUCACGCUGAGCGAGGAUACGUCAAUGAAGUAAUUCUAUGUCAAUUAUCAUUUCACAAGCAAUAUAAAUAAAUCAUAAAAAACUGUAGAGUUGCAGGCGUACGUAGGCUAUGGAGACUGCUUAUCAUCAGACGGGCCGUAUGCUUGUUUGCCACUAAGUAUAAAAAACCUAUUAAAUACAAUUAGAAAUGAUACUAUACUAUUAUCUAUAUAUAAAACUAAAUAUAAACAAAAAAAUUCAAACAAAAGAAAUAAAAAAGCAGGUCAUUUUUUUUAUUUAUUUAAAUUACUAAUUAUUAGUAAUAGGGUUGUUUCCAAUUUUUUGAAAGGCUUGUAUUACGUUCUAUAUUAACUAAAAGUUGCCCUAAAAUUCAACUUUUAUACUAAAAACGGCUUUAAAUAUGUUAAAUUAACAAAAUAUAUUUUGACAGAUGCUUUCGCGCCCAAACCGCUCUUUGAAAAUUGUGUGACGUCACAGUUUACGGUUUGACACAUAACUACAUACACACGUAGAAGAUACGAACUGUCAACUGACAUUUGUCAUUUGUUGUUUAUCGCCUAACUGUCAACAGUGUCAAUCCGAGAGUUGUGACGUCAUCAGAAUCUUCAAUGACGUUUCGAGUUUGGUCACGUGACGUGUGCUAAAAGUUAUUUUAAAUUCAAUAUUUACAAAAAUAUGGUCAUUACAGGUCCCCUAAAAGUAGUUUAACAUGUUCUUAUAAUCCAAAACAAUUUAUUGGGAUACAAUUCUGCCCUAAGAUUUGUAGAUGGAAACAACCCUAUUCUAUUAGUUCAUAACAAACAUAUCCCUCUCUACUAAUCCUAGCACAUUUCUGGUGGAAACGCACCCUAAUAACGGUUUCGCAAUUUUCGCAUUAGUGUUUAUAUUCUGCGCGUAUACGGAAAUUUCGCCUUACGCGCUACAUAUCGCAAAAGACGCCUAUACGUAUCUAAACGCGCUUCCAAAAAAACAGCUUUUACGCGUGUAAAAAAGAUCAGAACGAAACAGUCUUAUAACACAAUGUAAAUAAGUACGGGGGAAUGUAUCGUAAAUUCAGUAAAACCUGUUUCAUAUACACACAAUACAUUUAACGUAAUAUAUACGCCACUACUCACUGAAUGUAUAUUUACUAGAGAUGCAACGAAUUGUGGCUUGGCCGAAUACCGAAUAUCCGGCGGAGCCAACGGCCGAAUAGCCGAAUAUUUGGUUAGAAAUUUUACCUAAAAUGAAGUAAAUUUGCGCGCGCUGUGCAAGAUGCAACUUGUUUCUCGCUGUAGGCAGUCUUUGAUAGAUAUUGCGCUUAUUCUGCACGCAGUGCGUAUUGAAUUGCGGUCUGCGGACAUUGCGGAGCAUUACUUUUCGUCGUGUGUAAAAAAAAGUAUUAUUUUUCUCAUGUUUUUGUACUAUCUACGAAUAUAAGAAAGACUACCUCUGAAAGAUUAUACUGAUCUUAAUAAUUGAUUACGUGUAGUUUGUUACUUUUUUACCCCUCGUUUACCGUUAUCUACGUGUUAACGUACUAUUCGGUAUCCGGCCGAAUACUAUUCCACUAUUCGGUAUCCGGCCGAAUAGUGAUAUUGUGGCCGAAUAGGCCGGAUACCGAAUAAUGGCCGAAUAUUCGUUGCAUCUCUAAUAUUUACCUUUAAAAACCCUGAUUUCAUUGGAGAUAAAGUAUACAAAAAUAGUCCGCACUUAACCCAACGUACCAUUUUGAAAUGUGCGUGUUGACAGUAUAUCGAUCGUAAUGUUAGUAUGUAAAAAGUAUAUAAUAUAUAUUAUAUUUAUUAUACUUUUAGUGAACUAAUGUAGAAGCCAUAUUGUUAUAAAAGUAAACUGUAUGACUAUAAAUUAUGACAGUUUAACAUACUUUUUAUUUAAUUUUUUACGAGGUUUUCCAGAGGGGCUACAGUAUGGGGUUCUUCAAAAAUGAAGUGUACAGGUUUUUAAAAGGUCGGCAACGCGCAUGUAAAACCCCCUGGAGUUGCAGGCGUCCAUAGGUUACGGUGACCGCUUCCCAUCAGGCGGGUCUUAUGACUGUUUGCCACAGACGUGGUAUUAAAAAAAAUCACGUAUGUGUUCUAAAACUCGAGGCGUCCAUUUGCUACUGUGUGUUCUUACAUUUGUGGUAAGAAAAAACAAAUUGUCAUAAUUUGUAUGUAUUCAGUGUCACAACUAUUGGUGCUUAGUGAGUAUGUUAAGUUGUGUUUGUACCGCGAUCAACGAGGACCGUUUAGAAUUUGUUGAAACUUGUAACCCUAUUUUCACGUCCUACGCGGGUUAAGUCUCCAAAAAUCUCUUCUAAGUGAAACAAACAUUCGAAAAAAGUAUUUUUCCCUUUCCAGUUCAAAGGUUCUAACUUCAAUGUAUGUGCGUUGUAUGUCAGCAUCAAAAUAACGUGACUGUUUUUAUAUUUAUUUAGUUUUUUUCGAAAAACCUCAAGCUUUACGAUUUUUCGAAAAAAUCUAAUUCUGUCAUGCAAUUUUAACGUCUGGGCUAUGAGUUUUGCUUUACGCUGAGUUAUGUAAGAUUUAAAAGUCGUUUCUCACUUGUAUGUGACAAUAUUAGAAAAGAAAUCAGUUAAAAAUUGAUCUCUGCAGGUGACCUCGUUGAUCGGAUUACACAGACUAAGGUCUGUUUUUUUAUUUCGUAGACUAGAAUGACGUUUCAUAUAUAAGACAUGACAUUUCUUAGUACCACAUGAAAUGUCAUUUUAGUCUACGGAAUAAAAAAACAGAAUAUAAAAUGUAUGAUAUGGUUCAAACGGUGUGUGUUUUUAUAGAAUUCCUAUAAAGUGAGGCGUUGACUGGUGUAACUAUAGAUGUGUAUUUCUAAUUGAAAAUUAGAUAGGUACAGUCAAGGUAUUAAAUAUCGAUACGGACAAAGUGCCAAAAAUAUGUAUACACGACCUUAUUGCCUAUAUGUAUAUUAAGGUAGUGUGUAUAUAUUUUGUCACUUUGUCCAUAAUGAUAUUUAAUACCUUAACUGUGCCUACAUUUGCGAUUAUUACGAAAUUAUACCAUUUCGGGUAAUUUCGUAUAUCGGACCCGAGAAUCACUCAAAAAAAACUCAAAAACGCACUAUGAGUUUUCAGAAUGAUCCUAGGGUUUUGACAUUCGGUAUUACCCGAUUGCACCAUGCUUUUCAAAAUAAUGGCUCAAGAGCGCAAAACAUGUUUUAUUGUUUUCAGUAUAUUUUCAUCACACUUGCUCGUAAACCGUGUUAUUGUUGUUGGGGUUGGUCCCAUAGUGAAAGUUUCUCAGUAUGACCUAUAUAUUCACCCCGUAAAUUAUUGCAGGUGACUUAAUAAACACCUUGUAUACCUAAUGUCAUCUAGUUCUUGGACUAGGUCGAUUUAAGUAAGAUUGUCCUGUAACAAUUAUUAUAUAUUUAUAAAAAAAAACUUGAUCAACUAUAGGUGCACCAGAAUAUCAAUUAAUAUUAAAUUGUAAUCAUUCGUUAAUUUAAUUUAACUUUAACGAAUUUUUAUAAAAAACCUCAGUAGAUUUAUUUUAUUAUAUUGGUGGUAGUAUUUAAUGGUUAAAAUUGCUUUUGACAUUUAAUUUUUAGUGCCAAAGACUUUAAAGAAUAAUAAUUACCUAUACAAUUUCACAUCACAAUAUUAUAUAGUUAAAGUCAAAAAUGUGUAUACAUUGUAUACAUAUUCAAGACCGCGACUCACAUCGCUAUUAAAAUGUAAAGAGUGACGCUCAAAAAUAUCUGAACAUGAUCGAACGCCUUAAUAUUUGUGUUUAGAUGUUUUUGGGUAUCCGGUCGCACAGAUAUAUUCAACUACUGUAAGUCGCAUAUAGACGAGAUGAUCAAAAAAUGUAAAUUUUACAUUAAAAAAUCAAGUUUAAAUUAUGUAAAAUAAAUCGUCAAUACUUGCAGUGAUUAUUUUCUAUUAAUUAAUUAAUAACAGUAUAUUGGGCAACUAUAUUAUUUUAAAAAUGUAUAAUAAGCUGUUUAAGAUGGUUUUAAUUUGGUGGUUUUCAACCUUUACGACUAUGUUAAUAUCUACCCUACGAUUAGGUUAAUAUCUGUUAAGGUUAAUGUGGCUACUCCACCGUACACAGGGGGAAUUUUUUACCACCACCCAUACUCUAUGUAGUACGGGACCAAUGCCUUUUUUUACUAUUUCAUACAUAUACAACAAAACGUUGAGCUCAACGAGGGGGGGCAGGUUUAGGGUCGGCAACGCGCUUGUAACUCCUCUGGAGUUGCAGUCGUACAUGGGCUACGGAGACUGCUUACCAUCAGGCGGGCCGUAUGCUUGUUUGCCACCGACGUAGUAUAAAAAAUAUGUAUCGGCUGAUGUGAUGCCGCUGACUUUUAUGGGACAGGCAUUUUUUUUUUGGGAUUUUGACAUUGAUCCCAUAAUAAAAGUUGUUCAGUAUGACCUAUAAAGUCACUAUGCAGAGUAUGGCUGUUCGUUAAAUUUUUACCAAGUAUGGGUAAAGACCGUCUACAGGCUUUUUCGACGGUUUUAACUCUUGUGUUUGUACAGAUACUCCAUACAUCAGUUUUCUUACCAAAACGCUUAUUAGUUUCGUAGUCGACAUCUAGCGUUAAACUUGACAAUAGAUGUCGCGACGAACCAAAGGUCUAAUGCUCAACAAUUUUCAGCUAAUAUUAUAACCGGAUUAACCGGAACUCUAUUUUCAACUCCUUCUGCUUGUAAUAUUCGUUGUAAAUUGUUGAGAAAUACAAUUUUCGUCAGUCGCGAAUCUAGAAACAUCUAGUGCCAAUUAGCGGUACAGAUAAUUCCGCUACUCGAUGCUAGAUGUCGACUACGAAAAUAAUAAGCGUUUUGGUCCCAAAACUGCAUUCUUAUUUCUCUAUGGUAGAGCAGAAGGAUUGAAACUCUUCCUUUACAGUACAUAUGGGGCUACUUUAUAGCACUAGUGCGAGAAGUAGCAUAUUAUGUUACUGUGUCGAACAUUUAAAGGGCCAUAUGUACUGUAAAACGUUGUACGAUACAUGUGCGAAUAGGUAAUUCGCAACUCGUGUCGAUUUAAAACACUCCCUUCGGUCGUGUUUUAAUUUAUCGCCACUCGUUUCGAAUUUCCUAUUUUUCGCACUUGUAUCGUAAUGUACUAUUCUGUUUGUGUCUGAGCGACGUGUCUUCCCUGAAAUAACUUUUACAUGCCGGUCUUACCCACAUUGACCUUACUACUAAUUUCAUUUUAUAAAUUGUAUGUACAGAAAUCGAUACGAUUCUUGUGUACAUAUUUACGACAUUGUAACAAUAAGACCGCGUCGCAUACAAUUGACAGUUCGUUUGUGACAUCGCCGUAUAAUAGCAAUGUCACUGGUUGUCCUUACACAUGUCGAAUUUGCCUCCAGUUUGUGUAAGAGUAUUCGAAUUGAAACUCGAACUCAAGAAAUAACAAUAUUGUCGUUUUGUACUGUUAUUGACAUUUGUGACGUUUUCAAGUAAAAGGUAACUAUGUUAAGUAUAAGGCGCUAAUAUUAUAAAAAUUGCACUAGAAUUCAUUCUUAUUGGCUAUGUGUGCGACUCUGGCGCCUGCCAAGCGGCUAUGUGACAUACCUAUAUAGUUAUUAGACAGUUGACACAUGCAAAAUAGCUGUGCGACAGUUCUUAUUUAUGCCACGUCGAGCGCUAUCAACAUAAUGAUUUUUUUUAUCACACUUAGCCAACAGUCAUUGUGGUACCUUUUUUCUGAGAAUGUCACAAUUAUUGUAUAUUAUUUGUUUGUGAAGCUAACGGAUGCCCGUCCGUGUUUAAUUUUAUUUAUGCACAUAUUGUAUAGUUGCGUUAUUAAAUUAUAAUUAAAUUUGUUUAGUUGA